AUGACUGACGAAUAUAAGCCUCCGCCGCUCCCCUCGCCUUUUACAAAUACGAGCCCGGCACCCGUUCUCCUCACCCAGGGCGCCGAGGCCCACCUCUACAAAACUGUCUCUCUUGACCCCUCCAUUCCGGCCGCCCUCAAGAUCCGCCCCUCCAAACCAUACCGACACCCGAUUCUCGAUCGUCGCUUGACCCGGCAACGGAUCGUUCAAGAAGCACGAUGCUUGGUGAAAUUGGUCCGGGAAGGUGUCAGUGUCCCCGCCGUGCUGUCACUGGACUGGGAGGGUCAGGGCGGCGAGGAUGGCGGCUGGGGCGGAGCCUGGCUGCUCAUGGAAUGGAUUGACGGCCCCGUUGUGCGCGUCGUGCUUGAGCAAUGGGAAGCAUGGUUAAAGAAGAACAGUUCAUCGCUGGAUCAGGCACAGCUCGAGCAGGAGGAGGAGCGAGUGCGGGGUCUGCUGCGACGCAUGGGACAUGCUCUCGGUGGGCUGCACAAGGCCGGCGUGGUUCAUGGCGAUCUGACGACGAGUAACCUGAUGCUACGUUUACCAGCGACCUCCUCGGAUCCUGGCCCCACGGGUGUUUCUAUGGAGGGAGAGGUCGUCCUCAUUGAUUUCGGCCUUGCAUCGCAGAGCGCACAGGACGAGGACCGCGCCGUGGAUCUGUACGUGCUGGAGCGAGCAAUUGGUAGCACGCAUCCCCGCUCAGAGCCCCUCUUCGAGUCCUUGCUGCAGGGAUAUCGGGAGAGCUACAAGGGCGCUACUUCUACGCUCAAGAGGCUUGCAGAUGUGCGGUUACGAGGCCGCAAGCGAAGCAUGCUUGGAUAA